GCCGGCCAAAGACAACACUGCCGUGUUUGUGCAGACCACCGUAGAUGCUGAUACUGAGAAGCCAAAAGCAUCAAGAUAUUCCCGUCAUGUGAUGUUUGCCACCCCGACUCCAAAAGACAUCUGUUACCUGCCUGAAGUGGAGAUUCCCAACGUUGUGACAGACAGGAGACCGACAGCUGCUCCCAUCAUGAAGGAGACAGUGGUGGAUAAUCAUAAAGACCUAUCGGAUUCUGACUCUGAUGAUGACCAGGCACAAGGACAGCCCAAAGAUGCUGAUCUUGGAAACAUCACACAAGGCCAGAAGGUGAAGGUGUACGCUGUCAAGGCCUUCACUGCCCGCUCUGACGAUGAGAUCUCAUUCAAAGCAGGACGCAAGAUUUAUGUGACUGAAUCUGCUGUUGCCGGCCGGGUCUAUGGAUACAUCAAGAAGGGAAAGCUGGUCAAGAGGAGGACAUACGGCUACUUCCCAGAACAACUCGUCAGCACGGACAAGAAGUUCAAGGUCAAGCAAUCCUUCCUGAAGAAGAAGCUCUCCAAGCAGCUUCCCCGUGACAGUUCCAAGAACUACAUCAGCUUCAUGGGGAACAGUGGGUAGACAGCAUGAAGAUAACUACAAAGGAUUACCCCUAACGGACUGGCGAGGAACUCGAUAUUGAAUUAGAACUGUGAUAUGCAUUUUUUGUUGUUGAUUUGAUUGUUACAUGGAUAUACUUUUUACUGUUCUUAUAUGAACAAUGUUUUAUUUUACUUGUGUCUUUGAUAGUAUUUUAUGAUGUAUAUUACUGGUGGGAAGAUCUUGAAGAUGAUUUAUUGCAAAUUUUGUUGCCAUGGUCACAAGAAUAUAUUUGGGUUUUUGUGAUGAAAUGAUUGUGUGAAAGAUAGAUGAAGAUAUGAAUUGUGUCUUAAUAUGUUUCAAUGGAUUGUUUAAGUAUGAAAGAUACCUCAGUGACAAUAGAACUUGCCAUUCCAUAUUAAAGCUAUUGUUAUAAUUAAUAGUGAAAUCAGUUCAUAAGUUCACAUAUUCAUCUGGGGUUUUAUUGGUCAGCCUAUAGAGCUGUGUACCACACGAGAUAUGCAGUGCGCUAGGAUAGAGACUGACGAUACCACUGGUAUCACGAUACACCACAACAAAUAGUAAGAAAUGAUGAAGGGACUGAAAUACGCACGAUGUCUUCUGAAAUGUGUUGACAUGUCAUUUUUCGGCUGUAAGAUAUAACAGCUUGACACAAUCUGCAUACCGUUUUUUCUGUUGGAGGAGUUUUCAAACCCAAACUGGAGACGUAACUGCAGCAGGAGCGUCAACUAUUACCACCACAUCCUCGUGUUCAACCUUGCUUACAGUGGUGCUAUUCUACUUCCAACAUUCCAGGAGGUGUCCAGCAGUUUCUAUUCUAUGUAGGGUAUUGCGAUCUCACAAACUGACGAUUCAAUUAUCGUCUGUUCCUAGGUACUGAUGACACGGUAUCGGUGAAACGUUACAGCCCUUUUAGAAUGUAAAUAGUUAAAUGAGUUACGCUUUCAAGAAAUUGGUAGUUGACCGAGAAUGAGUUCUAUUUGAUGUAAAGGGGGCUUGGCUCCAUGAUUAGACACAUCAGUCGGAGCUAUUAAAGUCUUAGUCUGUGUUCUGCAAGCCGAACCCAGUAGUGUGGAGGCAGUGGAAGCCAAGGAAAGAGGCGCUAGACUGAUGAGUCACCCCCCUUGUAGGGAAUGGCAGAUGCUUCCCAUCCCAAGAUGAUUCAAUGAAUUCUUACAGCAAUAGGAUCUUCCAACAUGGGAGAUCAGUGGGAGACAUCAUGUUCCUCCUUUGAUUUGGCAGGAUUGGUGUAGAUUGUAGCUUGGUGUAGGAAGGGGCACGACGGACGGUUUUUUUGACAGACGUUUUUUAUUCUCCCUUCGACGGUAACUCCCCCCCUCUUCUGAACCUGCUUCAGUUUACUUGAGCGAUGGUGAAUGGUCACUGGCAGGAACCGGAUGUUAAUCACAGGUCACCCAUGUUCAGAGGAUCCUAUUGCAGUAAGAAUUCAGAUUGACCUGUCUUGGUGAUGUGAGGUUUCUCAUGUUCCCAGGAAUUUUUUUUAAUUUGCCCCUUUCGGGUUUAAUUUGAUAAAUUGAUCAAUGUUUAAUGUUUACUGAACUGUUAACCAGUAUUGUAAACCAUAAAUUCUUGUUUAUUAUGGAAAUAUUUAAGGUCACUCCAUCUACCAAUUUCUUGAAAUCUGCGUCUACCAAUUUCUUGAGCAUAAGUUAACUUUACACUUGUCCUUGAAAGCAACUUUUGAAAUCCUACAACCAAUAUUCAGGCAUCACAAAAAAAAUUAAUAUACUAUGUAGCCAAAAAUGUUUGUUCUUGAUGAUAUGUAAUAUUGUAUCUUUUAUGUCCAUGUUUUGCCUGUAUUUAUCAUGAUAUAGGAAAAAAAUUCCUAAUGUAGUUUUAAGAUAUAGGAAAAAAAUAAUAAGAUUGAAAUUGAUCAAAACAUUUUUUUGUUAUUGAUAUGGUGCUUAUAUGUGUUUGUUAAAGCAAUAUGUUAUUAUUUGUAUGUUUACUAUGUCUUUACAAUAUUCCAAUGCUGGAUCCUAUUUGAUCUUUUGGCGUGAUGAGCUUUACUCUUCAGCUGGUGCUGUUUUAGAUCUCUUACAUGAUUGUUGAUGCAUUCAUUGGAGAUGGUGAUGAUGAUGAUGAUGAUGACUGGUGCUCUCUUAGAUCUCUUAGAAGAUUGUUGAUGCAUGCAGUAGAGAUAUGGUACUCAGGUUUAUAUUUAUGAUGAUGAUGAUGAUGAUGACUGGUGCUCUCUUAGAUCUCUUAGAAGGUUGUUGAUGCAUGCAGUAGAGAUAUGGUACUCAGGUUUAUGAUAUUUAUGAUGAUGAUGAUGACUGGUGCUCUCUUAGAAGAUUGUUGAUGCAUGCAAUAGAGAUAUGGUACUCAGGUUUAUAUUUAUUAUGAUGAUGAUGAUGAUGAUGACUGGUGCUCUCUUAGAUCCCUUAGAAGAUUGUUGAUGCAUGCAAUAGAGAUAUGGUACUCAGGUUUAUAUUUAUUAUGAUGAUGAUGAUGACUGGUGCUGCCUAAGAUCUCUUAGAAGAUUGUUGAUGCAUGCAGUAGAGAUAUGGUACUCAGGUUUGUGAUAUUUAUUAUGAUGAUGAUGAUGAUGACUGGUGCCCUCUUAGAUCUCUUAGAAGAUUGUUGAUGCAUGCAGUAGAGAUAUGGUACUCAGGUUUAUGAUAUUUAUUAUGAUGAUGAUGAUGAUGAUGACUGGUGCUCUCUUAGAUCUCUUAGAAGAUUGCUGAUGCAUGCAAUGGAGAUGAGGUACUCAGCGUUAUGAUAUUCAUGAUGAUGAUGAUGAUGAUGAAGUCGAGAGUGAUAAUAGAAUGCAUCAAGAUGAUAUGCAUGUCAUUCUAUUUAAAAUCAUUUUUUACUCUACAAUACCCAUCUGAAUGAAGAUCUUGGAGGUCAUGUCAGGGGAACUUGCUGAUCAGUCAAGCAGCAUCAAGGCUUCAUAUUUCUUGGUACGAGUGUGCUGUCUGUGUUCUGUAUCUGUAAUACGAACAGUUCCGAAUGUCAAUGUCAAUAAUAUAUGACCUAUUUCUGAGUGCCAUAAGAAAAGGGAAGUACCACCAAGGGAAUGUUUGUGGUCUGUUUGUUAAAUUCGAAAUUUCUGAUAACAUGGUAAAGAAAUUAAGCUAAAUUUUAAAAGCUCACAUCCAGUUGGCUCAAGUAGCCUUGCAUCCUUCAUUUAGAUGCGAGCAAAUGAUCUGAUUUGAAUGCUCAUGUUUGAGAGUGUGGACCAUAGGAUGUUGCUGACAUUAUUUGCUGCGUUUUAUGUCUUGCAAGGUUGAUGACCUUUGUGAUGUAAAUGGUGUGCAGUUAGGCCUAUUGCCCUCUGUUGAUGAUGUUUGUAUUAGACAGAUAUCUGGGUGACAAUAGGGAAAAAAUUAUCAACUCCAUAUUGCACAGUCAUGGCAGUUUUCAUCAAUAAUAGUGAUGAUGAUGAUGACGAUAAGGUGCAAUUGUGCAUAUAGAGGGUGAUAAUAUUCAUGACCAGAUAUGCAUUGCAUGUGCCCAUCAUAAUAACAUGCAUUAUGAUGUUUAUGAUGAUGAUUAUGUUCAUGAUAUGAUGGUGAUGUGCAGAAUGUUUCCUGAUGGUGAUGAGGAUAAUACUUGUGGUUAUGAUAAUUAUGAAGAUAUUAUUUGCUUAUGUCGCAGCCCCACUUCUGUGGAAUGCAAUUCCUCACUGUCUCACUCAGAUGCACUGAAGCUCUUGAAACAUUUCAGACAUUCAAAAACAUACUUACAUAAUUACUCAGUAUCAUUGUCUUUCACAUUUACACCAAUAAAACUCUGAAAAUCAUA